CGCAACUCUCGAUUUUGCGAUCAUAGUUUUUUAGAGCAGAAGUUUUGGCAGGCUGUUUCACGUGUGUCAUGAUAUAUCGAUAGUUAUUCGAGAUUUCCGACGGUAGCACGACCAAAAUGUCUACAAGGACGGAGCUUAUUACUGCAAAGAGCAUUCGUAUAUACAAGAAUGGUGACCCAUUCUACCCUGGACGAAAAUUCGUGGUUAACGAGAAACAGAUCCGAAACUAUGACUCGUUCUUGACGCAAGUUACGACGGGGAUCCGUGCCAAUGCUGCAAUUAGAAGCAUUUACACGCCGAUCAAUGGACAUCGUGUUGAUAGGCUAGAUACUCUGGAAAAUGGAAAACCUUAUGUGGCUGGUGGUGUUGAACGAUUCAAGAAACUUGGGUACUCAGAAAUCGGUACAAAGAAGCCAAAUGCGAGGACACAACUCGUCGAGAUAAAGCCGGUGCAACAUAGUCUUUACAAAGAUAAGGUGGCAGCACGAUGGAGGGAAUGGAUUGCUCAGCCAUGUGCUAUUCACGUUUACCGAAAUGGAGAUUUUCUGAACCAUCCUGUGAAAAUGUUGCUUCCUCAGAAAGCUCUACACAAUUGGGAUAUGGUGCUAGAUAUGGUCACAGAUCGAGUCAAUCUUACAACAGGAGCAGUUAGGAGGUUGUAUAGUAUAGAUGGCCGUCAGAUAGUUGAUCUUGCGGAUAUUAAAAAUGGUGAAACCUUUGUUGCUGUUGGCCCCGGGAAAUUUAAACGAGUGCCUUAUGGUCAGGGCUAUCAGUCACCAGUAAACUCGCCCAGAAGUGUUCGGACCUUACCACCUAUAAAUAGACCAAGACAACCUGCACAUCCAAGGACACAAACGCAACCAGCAAGAACUCAACCACUUUCGAAUAGGCAGUAUUCUAAGAAACAAAAAGAUCACAACUCACCGAAAGGAGGAUAUAAUAAUCAUAAGAAGAAGAGAACGUCAAAGAAGGCUGAAGAAACUGAAGGCGUCUUCCAUUCAAAACCAACCAUCGUGAAGCAUAGCAAAGAAAGGGAUGGAGAUCAAAUUAAAUAUGAAGAUGAUCCAAACAGUGUUUUUAAAGCGAAAAACGAGAGAGAAGAAACACGGGGUGCUUCAGAGGUAAAAGAAGAUAAGAACACAGCUGUCGAACUCCCGAUUGAUCAAGUAACAGCGGAGGAAGUACUGGAGGAAGACAUCAAACCUGAAGGCGAUGAACUAGAAUUACCUAGCAACGAAGCCAAGGAAGCUGAGGAUCAAAAUGAAAACCAGCCAUCGAGUCCCCCGAGAAGUCCUGCCAAAAGUCCAGUAGCAAGUCCCCCUAGCAGUCCUGCCAGAAGUACAGUAGCAAGCCCCCCUAGAAGUCCUGCCAGAAGUACAGUAGCAAGCCCCCCUAGAAGUCCUGCCAGAAGUACAGUAGCAAGCCCCCCUAGAAGUCCUGCCAGAAGUCCUGUAGAAAGCUCUCCCAGGAGUCCAGCUGAAAACUCAACUAAAGGUAGAUCGUCACCAACUAAUAGUAAUAAUAAUAAUAAAGGUAGCCGUCCAGUCUCUGCACCAGUAUCUAGUGGCAGCAAACAGAACACACCGAAGGCCUCUCAGGAUGUGACUCCUUCAGCAAGUCCACCUAAGACACCUGAAAAAGUGACAACUCCUGACAAAGAAAGUGAGGACAAGGACAAUGACAAGCCUGUGGAAGAAGAAGUAGUUGAUGAGCCGGCAGAAGAAAUUGAUGAGCCAGCAGAAGAAAUUGAUGAACCGACAGAAGAAAUUGACAAGCCAACAGAAGAAACUGACAAGCCAGCGGAAGAAGCUGAUCAACCAAUCAAAGAAGAGCUAGCUGCAGAGGAAGAAACUGUUGAGCCUGUGAAAGAUGACGAUGAACAACCGAUGGAAAAUGCUGAGACUGACAAAAGUGCUGAAGAAAAGGUUGAUGACAUUUAAUUAUGGCUUCAAAGAUUCAAUUUUCUUCUUAACAACUUGUUGAACAUUAUGACUUCAAUUAAAUCAGAAACCCACCCAAAAAAAUGUGUGUUGCCUUGAUCACUCUGAGGUUUAUUUUUAUUGA